AUGGCAAACACCAAGAGGCUUGAUUCUCAUAUGUUCUCGGUAGGUAUUGGAAGUCUCCACAGCCAGCUCAACCCUACAUCGAGACUAGAGAUGCAUCCAGACGCAGAACUCGUCAAUCAGUCGCACGUCAUCUACUCUUACUAUACGUUUCUCGACCUCUCCACCCCUGGCCUGUCACCUGACGAUAUCCACUAUCUCCAGGCCCAGGGCUGCUUUGCAGUUCCUACUCGAGAAGCUUUGGACAACUUUGUCAGAGAAUACUUUCUGCACGUUCAUCCUGGACUUCCACUCUUGGACGAGGCUGUUUUCUGGGAAAUGUAUUCUGGGCAAGCUUCAUCGCAAUACCGGGCGAAUUUAUCACUUUUCGUGUUCCAGGCAAUGCUAUUCGCUUCGUGUAGCUAUCUCCCCUUCUCUACUCUGAGAAGCCUCGGGUUUAGCUCAGUGCGCAGUGCCAGAGACACAUACUACCGUCGAGCCAAGCUUCUAUUCGAUCUCGGUGCUGAGAAAGGCCUCAUACCCAAUUCGCAAGGAGCUCUAUUACUAUCAUACAAUGCAACAAUGAAAGAUCAAAAGCGAACCAACUCCAUUUGGCUCUCCACCGCUAUUCACUUGGCACAAGCAGCAGGCGCAGAUCAAUUCCACACGUGCUCAGAUCAAAGUCUAGCCACUAAGAAUCAGCUAAAACGACUUUGGUGGUGUUGCAUAGUGCGAGAUCGAAUCCUGCCUCUUGAUGUGCGGCGACAAUUGCACAUCGACUCUAUAGACUCGGACUUGAAGGACCACGCCUUGGCUGCUAAAGAUUUCACAAGAGAGAUCGAAGAGUCUCGCGUGUACGGAUCGCAGACGAAGCGGACCUUGGUUCAGUUGUUUAUUACCCUGUGUGACCUGGCUGUUCUACUUACCGACGUUAUUCGGACAGUCUAUGCUACUGGACGACCAAUUAGCGCAACUUCUCCCGUCAUCCAAAGGCUGCAAGAAACCAGCGCGUCUAUCCAAUCCUGCGAAGCCAGUUUAGACGCCUGGUUUGAAAGCGCAACCGUGCAGUUUCCUACUCCCGCCGGGAUCACCAAUACCGAAGAAUCCCUUGUUCUGUACACGAACCUGAUGUAUAUAUACUACCAUUCUGCUCGUUUUGCCUUGUAUCAACAUGAAGCAUUUAUUAUCAGCCUAAGUUCGAAGCCAGUUGUCGUGAACGACACGCUGUGGCAAACAAGGAGUAAACUGGAAGAUGCUACAGUUGGAAUCACAGAUAAUCUCAAGGAACUCAUACAACUCAAGCUCGGCAGGUAUCUACCAAUCAGCAUUGUUGCAUACGCAGCCUUGCCCCUUGUGCUUCACAUUCUCGACGUCAAGCUAGCAAAGAAGCCUUCACAGGCAGCUCAGAAGCAGGGUAAACUCAACGUAUACAUGGAGGCUAUGAAAGGCAUGCAGAAUCUUUAUGAUGGUGUAGAUGAUGUCUGGGCAUUUGUGAGAACAGCUGUCGAUUAUGCAACUAUAGAGGACCAUGAUACUGGGCAGUGCCUCCCCAACGACAUCGACAUCCAUUUCGACACAGCUGUUCCUUCCAAAUCAUCAGCUUGUAUCAAAGCUGUUAACGACUGGGGCAAUGUACUCGUUCAGGAGCCCGUUCUCUACUUCCGACUGUCCCGGACCAUUGAUCUCUCGUUGGCCUUUGGACGUUAUUCGGAGGAUUCUUCUCUUUGUCUUUCACCCCGCUCCGUCCGGUUCCCGUCUCCACGGAUUGUCUUUAUUGAUGUUGGUGUUCAAUAUCAGGGUGUUGAACCUAGGAUUGGUGAGACGACGAACAAAGGCUCUGCGUACGAGUAUCAAGCAUCUGAAGCCAUAGUAGACCAGUUUUCGUCAGAAGCACAAUUGUUAGAUGAGACAGAUGACUUUUUCGCAUAUGAUAUUGGGUUAGUCGAUCUUCAGACGCCAGCUUCUAUUCAUGAGUUCGAACUUGCUAUGGAAGGAGUCGAAGCCAAUGUACUAUAG